AUGUCUUCUUCUGUCACCCCCCAAGACACCGAGUCUUCGCAGCUCGUACCCAGCGUUUAUAUCCCCCCCGAAAUCUUCCUGAGCAUCGUUGAGGGCGCCGUCGAACUUGCGGAGCAUGACGCCUUCACGGACGUCAUGCAAUGGGAGCUCGGCGCCUUAAAUGGGAUCAAUGCCAGCCACCGUCUGGUCCUCAACCCUCUCUGGUACGAGACCUUGCAUCGUUACCGCGCCAGAUGCCUCAAGCGCUUCGAGCUCCUACGCACACUCACCCGCGUCAGUAGACAAGCGCGAAUGAUGAUUCACCAACGCUUCCCCCGGAUCGAGCAGUCGCUCCAGAUGGCGGGGUCGAGGCCGUGCUUCAGCUUGACGUGGAUCUGUCCUAGGUUCGACGUCUUUGUGCUUAGAAUGGAUCUUGGGAACACUCACCUGCAGGAAGCGCUGCUUAACCCUCUCGUCAUGGUCCCCGAUCUGCCUCUCAUUAACAGUGUUCAGAUCGCCGCAUUCCAGUACAUGUGGGGUCUGCUCGAGAUGACCCCCCGGCAUGUUGAGGCCGUCUUGAGGUUUCCCAACCUCAGAAUACUGACUACAUACUCCGUACGCUUCAGACAGCCCUCAUCCGACGGGCCGCCCCCUAUGGGAACGGUGUUACCAAUCGAAGUAAGUCUCUUCCCCAUCCUGAAAAGCUGGGUAGCCGUCGAAGGGCAUAGUUUGAAUGAUCUGUGCAAUCUCUGGGGGCCGCUUUGGGGUCGAGGAAUCCGCGUCAUGGUCAGUGAGUAUAACCGGAAUUCUCAAUACCAUCCUGCUGUUGAGUUCCUGGGGACACGGGAAGGUUUGCGGAUGCGUUUUGUGGACCGGGAUUAUGUUUACUUCUAG